AUGUCGGGUUUCGAUACACUCGUGGUGAUGAGUACCGGAGCUGGUAAAAGUCUUUGUUAUCAGCUGCCUGCUGUUGCUAUGAAUGGUGAGAUCUAUCCAUUAGUUACUAUGAGAUUGAUAGUAGUGAUCUCACCGCUGAUCUCCCUUAUCGAAGAUCAACUUGCUGCUUUGAAAAAGCUGGCAGUAGAAGGAGCGGCUUUGAAUCAAUCAACAGCUAAAGAAGAUGUCAAACGAAUAGAGGCACAGAUAACCCAAACAAACUCUCCACUUCGUCUGCUCUAUAUCACGCCUGAGAAAUUGGCAAAAAGCAAGAGGCUAAUGAAUAAGCUAGAGAAAUCAGCCGAAGUUGGGGCAUUAAAGGUGGUCUUCGCCAUUGAUGAAGUACAUUGUUGCUCGCAGUGGGGUCAUGAUUUUCGACCUGACUACAAAUUUUUGAACAUUCUCAAGCGACAGUUUCCCAAUGUACCACUGUUGGGGUUAACGGCCACUGCCACAGCUGAUGUGCUUGCUGAUGUGAAGAAUAUGUUAGACAUACCGGAUGCCGUCGUUUUCAAAGCCGGCUUUAAUCGCACGAAUCUCUUUUACGAGGUGCUACCAAAACCAGAUGCUGAUCUUGGGGAUGAACUAGCUAGAUUGAUUAAAAAGAGGUUUCCUGAUCAAUCUGGCAUAGUUUACUGUUUUUCAAGAAAAGAUUGUGAAGAAGUUGCUUCAAAACUGAGAUCUAGUGGUAUCCGAGCAGCGUUCUAUCAUGCUGAUAUGGAUUCUAUGAGACGCACUGCUGUGCAUGAGAAAUGGGUUAGCGGCAAAUAUAAUGUGAUUGUUGCUACAGUGGCCUUUGGUAUGGGUAUCGAUAAGCCAGAUGUACGUUAUGUUAUACAUCAUGCAAUGCCAAAGUCAGUUGAGAAUUAUUUCCAGCUUUCUGACUCGUUCCAGGAAAGUGGACGUGCUGGUCGCGAUGGAUUGCCUGCUAUA